AUGUCUUAUGCCCUAUUAACAGACAGUAGAUGGACUUCCUGUUACCAGCCUCGAUGGCCUAGAUUUGGAGGUGGAUACAGAUGUACCUAUGAGUUCUCUGCUUUGAUCAGGGGCUAUAGAAGUCUUUGGCGGUCCAGCCAUUACCAAGCAGUCAUGCCAUCGAACGCUAGAUUCUUUUCAUUCUUCUAUUACUCCCUUAGUUACUAUUAUGCAUGGAUUGAGAGAGAUGUCUUACCCCGUUUCUACUGCUGUGGACUUGCUGGUGGAAACUUCUGUAGGCUUUACGAGCUACGUCGUCCACGGGCUCACUGCUUUGGAUAUAGGCGACCAUGGUGGGGAUGGUUUUGGGGUGAUCCGCAUAUCAAUACUCUGGAUGGGAGGAAAUACACCUUCAACGGCCUUGGUGAAUACAUUACGUUGUCUUACAGUCACGGUGAUCCAUUCGUUUUACAAUCAAGAACUGGCAAGGCUUUUAAUAACAGUGAACCCGUUGAACACGGAACGGUCUUCAUAGGGUUCGCUGCUACACAAGAUAUCACGAAGGUUGAAUUCCAGCUGAACGACAACAGGACAGAAAUGAGUAUUCUUGUUAAUGGUUCCUCCAUUAAUAUGACAGAUUUCCUAAAUGAUGGAUAUGACUCGCAGGAUCCGACUUUCAUCUUAUCCUUGGAUAAUGAGACCGAAUCCGAGGAUGAGAUCAAGGUCACAGCUCUCUUUCAACCUGAAGGCUAUUCGAGUACGUCCUUUACAGUGACCUUUAAGAAUGGGAUCUUGGAUAUAACCGUCAUGGUCCCGCCUGAGUAUUCUGAGAACGCAACAGGGAGGGGUCUGCUUGGUAAUGUCAAUGGAGAUAAAACAGAUGAUUUUCUUUUACGGAAUGGAACGUUACUUACCGAUCAACCCGGGAGAAAUCUAACAGAAGAAGAAAUAUACCAAUUUGGACAAUCAUGGAUGAUAACGAAGAACGAGUCGCUGUUUGAAUACGGUGAUAGGGACUGGAGUUACUACAACCCAAGUAACUACACACCAAUAUUCUUAGACGCCCUGCUCGCCCUCGACCCAAACAGGACCAGAGACGCCCGGGAGACUUGCGGGGAUAACGAAGCGUGCCUCUUCGACUUCCUCGCCGUCAACCCCGAAUUGGGAAAACAGACGAUGGACACCGGGAACCAACUCGACAACGAACUCGUAAACCUUGAUAAUUUCCCUCCGAACAUAACAAGCGUCACGGAACUUACAGAAACAGAUGCACUACAGGAGGAUGACGUUCUCUUCGUGCAAGUGGGCGUGAACGUUACCUUAGAGAUUACUGCACAUGAUCCUAACGAUGAUGAUGACGUAUACUUUACUUUCAACGAUACAACUCCAGAUGGCGCCAAUAUCAGCGCAGAUGGUAUUUUCACCUGGACACCCACUAAUCUGAACAUCUCCUCCAUUGAGAUCAUCGCGAUGGACAACCGAGGCGCAGAGACUUCCCUCUCCUACAAAGUCCUCAUCUGUCAAUGCGAGAACGAUGGCGAGUGUGAUUUCGAGAGCCAAGCCGAGGGACAGGACCUCAAUGCUAAUGGCUUUGCUGUGGUCACGUGCAACUGCACUGGUGGGUGGUCAGGUGACCACUGUGACGUAGACUACGAUGCAUGUGAGGGUAGCGGGCCUUGUUAUGAGGGGGUUCUCUGCUACGAUGAGCCCCCGUCCUCAGAGGAAGAAUACAGAUGCGGGCCCUGCCCUCCUCAAUUGACAGGCAACGGGAGUAAUUGCUUCGACUUCAACGAAUGUGCUGAAGAUAACACCAACGACUGUGACCAGAUUUGUGAAAAUGAAUUGGGUUCAUACACAUGCUCUUGUGAAUCGGGCUAUAGGCUUGGCCUUGAUCAACAUUCAUGUACUAAGAUAGACUGUACUGAUGAACUAAAGCAUUCCACAGGAUCUGAAAACUGUACUUGCGAGCCAGGCUUUGAACUCAUAAAUGGAUCCUGUAUAGAUUUUGAUGAAUGUCUGGCUGGUGUAGACCAGUGUCCACCUGAUAUAGCUUUAUGCAAAAACCUAUUAGGAGAUUAUAAUUGUACUUGCUAUUCUGGAUACGAAAACAUGUCGCCAAAAGAGUGUCAAGACAUCAACGAAUGUGAACUUGACUUGGAUAAUUGCAACAAAGCUGAAUUCAACUGUGUGAACACACUGGGUAACUUCUCAUGCGUAUGCAAGGAAAAUACAACAGAAGUCGAUGGAGUUUGCGAAGGUGCAUUGACGCUGUCACUCAACGUUCGUUUUUCAUUUAUCAACGGGCUUGACGUUGUUACCUACCCAGAGACAAUUGACUCCCAAGAAAAUCAGGAGAAAUUGGCACAAGAUGUCUUGCGUUAUCUCAACACGUCUUCAGAACUGAAAGACGACACGUUGCAGGCUAUAUCUGUGCAGAACUACAGCUUGACAGGAAUUUAUCUUCUGAUUUCCUUCCGGUGUGACUUAAAACCCGACUCGUCACUGACCGAAUCUAAUCUGGAGAACAUUUUCAUGGAACUCCUUCCCAGCUCACGGCUUAUUGAACCAGACCAUGAAGUUACUCCCGAGGAUAUCAAUGAAUGUGAGCUGUCUACGGAUGUGUGUAGUAACGGUAACUGUACAAAUACAGACGGUAGCUAUUUUUGUACCUGUUCUGUAGGCUUCCAACUCGGAAACGGGGAUGCUUCUUGCAUAGAUAUCAAUGAGUGUCUCGGGAAUCAUACAUGCAACCAAACGUGUAUCAACUCACCUGGAAAUUACUCGUGUUCUUGUAAUCCUGGCUUUGAGCUCGAUGAUGAUGGGUUUACAUGCAGCGAUACCAAUGAAUGUAAUGCAACAGACGUGUGUAGUAACGGGAACUGUACAAAUACAUAUGGAAGCUACUAUUGCACUUGUGAUGACGGUUUCACUGGAACUGGAAAUGAUUCUUGUAUAGAAAUCGAUGAGUGUGAAUCGAAUCCUUGCCAAAAUGGAGCAACUUGCAUAGACGGGGUCAACAUGUAUAACUGUAUCUGCGCAUCUGGUUAUACUGGAACUAAUUGCACAAUUGCUACAACUACCACACAACCUAGACCAACUAUUCCAGAAGAUACUAGUGCUACAACGACUUCUGUUUCUGAUUCUACCACUUAUCUAACAACGAUCUCUUCAUCUGAAAUAGCCGCCACCACCACCACUACAACUGCCACCACCGCCAUCGAGGGCCCGUCAGCUACAACUACCACACAACCUAGCACAACAACUCCAGAAGACACAAGGCCUACAACUGCUUCUGUUUCUGAUUCUACCACUCAUUUAUCAACUAUAACUUCACCUGAAAUAACCACAACCACCACCACCGCCACCGAGAACCCGUCAGCUACAACUACCACACAAUCUAGCACAACUACUCCAGAAGACAAAAGGUCUACAACUACUUCUGUUUCUGAUUCUACCACUCAUUCAUCAACUAUCACAUCGCCUGAAACGUUCGUGAGCAUCAUCAGGAUAGAGAUCACAGCCAACAGACGAAGUGGUACAGUGCUUGUAUUCACAGAAGAACUUAAUGAUCGGUCUACAGACGCUUUUACGGAUUUGGAAGAUGUCUUUUGUGGAGCGGUUUCAACGUAUUUGAAUGUAAGCUUGAAAUCAGCUCAGCUCAUUAGUAUCACGUGUGAGGUAGUCUCUUUCCGAAAUGGUAGUGUGAUUGGUGAUCUUCGAAUCGGGCUUGCAGCACCAUCUCAGGAUUCCGCUGAUAGUCUUGCUCAAUCAGCCACAGACCUGUCACCUGCGAAUGAGACAUUACCCUAUCUAGACGAUUCUCUUUACGUCGAAGAGUUAGCCGUAGACAAUACCGAUAAAUGUGAGAACAACCCCUGUAAAAAUGGAGGGAACUGCACGGAUGAAUUCAAGACGUUUAGUUGCGCAUGCCAGGAGGAUUACACAGGAAAAGACUGUUCAACAUUCUCUGGUAGGACUGGCCUAUCACCUGGUGCUAUUGUUGGAAUCAUACUAGGUGCUAUGUCGGGAGCUCUGAUAUUCGUUAUCUGCGCAUGUUUAAUGAUGGUCCAGACAGUCCGUCGUAAUCAGGCAAAAAGGAUGGUGAGGGGGAUGCAGAAGCCUAGCAACUACUAUAUCUCCGAGCACCGGCGUAUAUUCGUUGACCGAUGGUCGGAUCGUUCAUCAGACGAUUACUCGAUUGAAACUUCUCUUGAUCGUCAACAGUAUGAUAUCGGUAGAGCUGUUGAUCGGAUAAGACAAUAUCAAGGCAUGGAUAACCCCGGAAGUGAAAUAAGUUAUUAUCGGAGACCCGGUGCUUCAGACAACUUUGCUCUACCUUAUGUAGCUGAUGGCGAGAGAAGCUUUGCCAGCCGUGAAAGCGCCAUCGAACGGAACCCGUUAAACUACAGCUACUAAAAGCGCAUCUGCAAACAGUCCAAGCACUUUUUAUCUUUUUUUAUUUGAACUCAAGCCAGAUGAAAUAAAUUGGUACCCGACAGGAUGGUUUCCUUGAAGGCACUAAGCAAUGGAAACAGCCGACCUAAAACCGGGGUAAUAAAAACAACAGUGCACCACGGAAUAGAUUUAUCAUCUACAAUGAUUAUACAAAUGCGUAUUCAUUGUCACCCAAAUCGAUAUUAGAACUGUUCUAAUUAUCAUGGAAUAAACCUGUUUUGUUAGCUAAGCGUUUCU